AUGAUUGGGUGCUUCGAGACGCCGAUACGGAGCGAUGAGACACCAAAAAGAUUGUAUUGCAGUGAACAUCAACCACGAAUACCACCAUUCGAGUCUCAGACCCAAGGUCAAUUACUGAAGCCAAUCGAUACUGGUAAAUAUUUACAAAAUGUAGGCCAAAUGCAAGAAGCGCGAAAAAAUGAUGAAAUUGAUGAUCAGUUGACAUUAGCAAUGUACGACGCAUCUCCAUUAACAAUGCUUGCCGCAAAAGCGCACUAG